CAGCAUAUAGAAUGCAGCUCUGGAAGCGCAUAAAUAAAUAAAGUUACUCGAAUUGUGGGCCUGCGGCUGCGUUUAUUUUUGUUGCGGUUAAAUGUAAAUAUGAAGUGUGAAUCUCAAAUUGCAAUUCGCCAAGCAACACAAAUCAUUGAACAUAUAUGAAAACUGUAAAAAUUGCCUUUUGUUAUUGGCCAAUUGAAUACGCAAACGAGAAGCAUCGGCAACGGGCCUCAACAGAAUGGAUGUUGAAAUACCUGUUUUGGCUGGAUAUCUUAAUGUUCCAACACAAACUGGAUUUUCGCUAAAUCGUAUCUCGAAAAAGAAAUCAUGCAGCCGCUAUUGUCUCCUAUUCAAAGCCAGUCGCCAUGGCAUUGCACGCCUGGAGAUAUGCGAGAAUAAGGAUGACAAGAAUCCAAAGAUCUUUACACUUGAGAAUUGCGUAAAGAUCACACAGGAACCACCGCCAGCGAAUCUCAUACAGAUUGUCAAGCGCAAUGUGCAGCUUACACUGAAUACGAACAGCGAUGAGGAGCUUAAGGAUUGGGUCACAGCCCUCCAAACGGUUGCCUUUUGCGACAACAGUGGCCUUCAUGCCGCCCACGGUGCCAUCGAAGAGGAUAAUGAUCUAUAUUGCAGUUCAUUUGACGGAUUGUUUAUUAUAACUCUGAUACCGUCUGAGGCGUCCAUUCGGUGCAACAUCGAGCCGCGCACUUAUAUGCUGCAGAUGACACCGACGGAGCUGCAGCUGAAAUCGGAGGAUCUGAAUGUGACAAUUGCCAUGUGGCCGUAUCGAUUCAUUCGCAAGUAUGGGUAUAGGGAUGGUAAGUUCCAGUUUGAGGCGGGACGCAAGUGUACGACGGGCGAGGGAGUCUUUACGCUGGAUCAUACCAAUCCUCAGGAGGUCUUUCGCUGCAUGUCCGCCAAAAUGAAGUCGAUGAAGAAGCUGAUUAGCGGCGACAGUCUCAGCAGCAUCGAGUGCGUCGAAAAUCAGUUUAGUGCCGCCGCCUGCAUGGAGCCCGGUUCGCGUAGUCCGCUGCCACCGUCACCUUCGAGCAAUCCUCAUGCCGGCGAAUUUGAGAUUAACUCAACUCAAAGCUGCAUCUCACUGCGCGGCUUCAUCAGCUCCAAUGAUUCGCUGAAUAACUUCUCGGCGAAUGGCAGCGCCAACAGCAUCAGCCUGUCCGUGUCCUCGCAGGCCGCCGGCAAACACAUUCCCAACAAGCCACCGCGCAAGCUGCCCACACCGCUUGAGAAGCUCAAUAUGGGCCCGGCGGCUGCUGUUGCUCCUGCUUCACUGCCAACUGCAGCUACUGCACAGACUGGCACAAUAACUCAAUGUGAUAAAUAUAAGAAUCUACUGAAAUAUGAACCGGUUGCCAUAACCACAUCGUCGCCAUCGGAUGCCAAUAGCAAGAACAGCGGCUCGGCUGUGAUACUGAAGCCUGCCUCCCCAGAUCCGUUACGUGCCGGCGGUGGCGGUGGCGGCGGUAGUCCGCCCGAUUUGCCGCUGAGAAACGAGAGCUGCUGCAACAAGCUAACUCUCGAGCGUGACUACGAGUCCAUUGAAAACAUAACCGAUGCAUGGAAGACGCGUGGCGUCGGCGAUGUACGCCAUUGUGAGCGCGUACCCUCAGCCCUCAGCUGUGACAGCGAUUUUGUACGCCAGCGUUCGCAAUCGCAGCGCGACAAACGCAAGGAUCUGAACGCCAGCAGCGCGACAAGCGGCAACAGCACACCCAAAAUAAUAGACAUUGAUAUUGGCGAGGGUGUGGGCGUGCUGGUAUCGCCGGAUGCCAACUAUGACCGCUUGGACUUUCUAUCGCCGAACAAUAAAACCUCCAGCGGCUACAAGACCAUUGUGAAUGUAACACUCCCUGCGAAUCGUAUACGCUGCAGUCCGCCGCCACCGAAUGAAUAUGAACUGAUUGCUAGUCCCGAUACGGAAAGUUUUCGCAAGGCCGACGAUAGUCAUCUGGGCUAUGGAGUCCUGCGAAAAGCCACCAACAAUACUGCCAUCAGCAACAAUAAUAAUAAUAAUAAUAAUAACAAUAAUAAUAACAAUAACAACAACAAUAAUAAUAAUAAUAAUGUCAAUAAUAAUAAUAACACCACAACACUGCCCGCCACAAACAUCAAUAGCAAUAACAACAACAACAACAGCAGUAGUAGCAGCAAUGUAUCGGGCCUCUGUGCCACGCCCAUAACGAACAUAAACACCGAUGCCGCCCUCGAUCAUCGCAAUUACAACGGCCUCAACUACACGAUCGUCAGCAAGCCCAAGCGCGUGUGAAGGCGCGUGCGAGCGAGAGAGAGAGAGAACACAGACAGAUACAUACAGACAUAGGCAGUUAGACAGAGACAGAGAAAUAUAUAGAGAGAGAAAAGUGUAGCGCACAACUUUGAAGUCGUAGUUCUCAUAUAGAAAACACAUAAUUCGAAUAGAAACGAACAAAAUACUAAUGAAAAAGAAAGAGACAGAUAGAGAGAGACAGAGAGAGAGAGAGAGCGAGCAUGCGAAAGCAGUGCACACUAUUAGGCAAUCAUUUUCAUACAACCAGUGGAUCUCCAGAGUUCUCGUUGCAUUUAUAGCCCAACAGCAAAUUCCAUACAAUAUUAUAACGCUCAAAAUAAAAGAGUUGUAGAACGUGCUCUAAGAACAGUAGUAAACAUUAGGGGUGUUCCUCGAAAACACGUUUAAGCUAAUUCAGCUCAAUUUAUUACAACUGAAUGUAUUAUAUCUAAACUACGAUUUCUAUACUAUAGACUACAUUAACUGAUUAUGUAUUUUGCUGUUUGUCACAAAUGUUUUGCAGUCGGAAAUAUAUUUUUUAGACUGAUAUCAAAUCUCACAAAUCUAGUUUUUAAGCUGACUUCUGUUUAACUUGAUCCGCC